UAUGCGCUGCGGCCGAGGCGCGCUGUGCGGGGCGGCGGCCGCAGCCUGCGCGCUGCUGCUUGCCACGCUGCUCUGGAUCCUCGCGCAAGGCAGCUGCUCCCGGGCCAGCUUCGCCUGCAGCAACUCCUCGCUGUGCAUCCCGCAGCAUUACAUGUGUAACGGACACGCAGACUGCCCAGAUGCCAGCGAUGAAGACGUCUACGCUUGUGCUGAUUUGAACGGCUACUCGUUCGUGAACGAGAUGGUGGGCAACGCGAGUGGUGCUGCGGUUGUUCUGGCGGCGGAAGGCGAGGACGAGGAAGAGGAAAAGGAGGAAUCUUGCGCGGUGACAGGCGCACGGGCCGCCUGCUGGUGCCUCGGCUCAGCGCUGCGCUGCGCUGGCGUCGGGCUGGCCGCCGUGCCCACCGGCUUGUCACCAGAUCUCACACACAUGGUGCUGAACAACAAUUCAAUCCAAGUGAUCGCUGCUGACGCCUUCAGUAAUUAUUCAUUAAACGUCCUGAACCUGGAUGACAAUGGUCUUGGGUUUCUUCCACCUGGACUCUUCGACGGGCAGACACAACUGGAAAGAUUGUACCUGUCGGACAACGCGCUGCGGGGCGACAGCGUGCCGCAGCUGUCGCGGCUGUCCUCGCUACUGUGGCUCUUCCUGGACGGCAACCGCCUGCACCACGUUCGCCUGCAAUACUUGACCGGCCUGCGCAGCCUCGUCUGGUUGGACUUGUCAAGGAAUGCGCUCACGUUGGAAGGUGAGAAAUUUCCCGAGCUACCUCGACUGAAACUUCUAAUGCUGCAGGAGAAUAACAUAGAGCUGAUUGGGGAGGAUCUGCUUGCCGCAUUAAGAGGCCUUACACAAUUGAACCUGAGAAGAAAUGCCAUCCGAUCAAUAGAUGUUAAUGCGUUUAGGAACCAGAAACAUCUGGAACACUUAGAUAUAUCAGAGAACCAGCUCACGACGCUACAGAACAGAGUGUUCUUACCACUCGCGACCCUCAGCAGAUUGUCCCUUGGAAAUAAUCCAGUUGCCUUCAUACCAGGAGAUUUAUUCCAAAACUUGACAAAUCUUCAGUCAUUAGACCUUCGGGCCAUCAACAUAGAGAACAUAGACACCACGAUGUUCACGUUACUGAAGAAAUUAGAUUUUGUGUAUUUCAAGACGUUCAAUUACUGUAAAUAUGCUCCGACUGUCCCAAAAUGCAAGCCGAGUACAGACGGCGUGUCUUCGGCGGAGCACCUGCUGUCGCGGCCGGAGCUGCGCGCCUCUCUGUGGGCGACGGCGGGCUGCACGGCGGUGGGCAACGCGCUGGUGCUGCUGGGCCGCGGACACGCCGCCAGCGCCGCCGACAACCGCGUCGUCAGCCUCGUCGUCCGCAACCUCGCAGCUUCUGACAUGCUGAUGUCGGUCUACCUGGCGGUGAUUGGGUGCCAGGACGUGCAGCUGCGGGGCGUCUACCACCGCGCUGCGCACUCCUGGACCACCUCCUGGCUCUGCACUCUCUCCGGCAUGCUCGCCAUGACGUCCUCAGAGGUUUCAGUGCUGAUAAUGGUGUUCAUGUCGCUGGAGCGGUUCAUUCUGAUCGCGCUGCCGCUGUCUCACAGCACCAGCUUAGCCGUGAGGAGCGCCGCUGCCACGCUGGCCCUCAUCUGGAUCGCAGGGAUCAGUUUGGCUAUCAUUCCAGCAAUACACUAUCGCGGAUCGACAAGAUACUAUGGCAUAAACAGCAUGUGCUUUCCUCUGCAUAUUGACGACCCAUUCUUCCUUGGCUGGCAGUAUUCUGCAUUUAUAUUAUUUGGGAUCAACAUGACAGGGUUGGUGGUGAUGGCAGCGCUUUACACAGGCAUGUUCAUAAGCAUCGUACGAACGCGCCAUGCAACGCCCGUCUCGAUGCAGGGUGAGCUGGAGUUUGCAGCUCGCUUCUUCUUCAUUGUGCUCACUGACGCCGCCUGCUGGGCGCCACUCAUCACUUUCCGAGCCCUCGCCAUGUUCAGCUUCCACAUUCCCAGUGAGGUGUACGCGUGGCUGGUGGUGUUGGUGCUGCCGGUGAACUCUGCGGUGAACCCGGCGCUGUACACGUUCACGACGCCGCGCUACUGGGCGCGCCUCUGUGGGCUGCUGUGUGACCGUCGCAGCCGCCGCCGCAGCCGCGAGCCCCAGGGACUCAGUCGCCAGCAGUACGCUCAGUGCUCGCAUCUCACGUCGCUGCCGUUCGUCAAAGUCAUGCACGAGGCGAAAUGCUGAAGUCCUUAGCAGGGAGCUUGAAGCAUUUCUCAUCAUACUCGCUUCGUUACAUCACUGUAGCGCAGAUUAUUCAUAUCGAGAAC